UGGCGGUCUGAACAGUGUGUAAUUGUGACAGUUUCAAGGGAUAUUGCGUAGCAUUUAUAGAUGAUAUGGCAAACACUACGAUUUAUAAAAGGUCAAGUUGAACGUUAAAGCUAUAUUUACGUUAUGUCUGGUGUAUUGGGCUCGCCAAAUCAGCUUAUUACCACUUUAGACGAGGAAGGACUUCAAGAACUUUAUACUUGGAUUGAUGAAAUCAAUUUAUCUCGUCCAAAGCGAAAUAUAUGGAGAGAUUUCAGUGAUGGAGUGCUUGUAGCAGAAAUUGUGGCACAUUUUCUGCCUAAGAUGGUAGAGAUCCACAACUAUUCUUCAGCAAGUUCACAAGCCCAGAAGCUGACUAACUGGGAUACACUCAAUAGAAAGGUCUUGUCUAAACUGAGCUACACUGUACCCAAGUCCACUGUAAAGGAUGUUGCUGAAUGUAAACCAGGAGUGAUCGAGGUGGUGCUGGCCAAUCUCAGAAUGAAGAUUGAGAAAUACAUCGCAAAGAAGAAAGCUGACAAUUUACGGAAGCAACAGCAAGUGUACGAUGAAUUCUCGCCAAAUGGACCUAUAACUGACCAUGAGCCUUACAUGUAUGAUGAUGGCCAGGCAUAUUUAGGUCCAGAGAAUAACUACGGUUAUGCAUUCAAUACUGGUUAUGCACAACAACGAAAUCCAGUUAAUGAGGCUGUGGGCCCCCUUGGUACCUACCCGUAUCAGUCUGGUCCAGUCCCUUAUACAGGCCUGGACAAAACAAGCGGUGACAGUCCCAGGGGUCCUAACACUCGUCAUAAGAGUAAGGAUGGUAAAGGUGGAGCUUAUGCUGGACCGCUUGGUGAAAAGUCAAAGCUUGGUCCUGCUCAUCAAGGAAAAGGGAAAGUUCCUCGCUCUCAGUCAUAUCAAGAUGUCAAUGGCACAAUGGAUCCUAGAUUAUUACUUGAAGAAAAAGAACAGGCUUUGCUCGCCUCCCAGGAAACUGUACAGAUUUUAAAUGUAAAAAUUCGAAGACUUGAACACUUACUGCACUUAAAAGAUUUAAGAAUAGAAGACCUCACAAAAAGACUUCAGCAGAUGACACAGCCACCGCCACGGCAACUACCACCGCAAGCAAACCCUCCCCAUCCCCCGACAGUGGACCCACAGAUACCGUCCAUACACAUGCAUCAUCAGAAUCCUUUACCGCCGCUACAUCAUAAUAACUCAUACAACACACAACAGCUACAAGAACAUUAGUCAUAUAACAAGAAGAGUCUGGUCAGCUGGGCAUUGUCAUUAUCACUCCGAGCUGCAGAGAAAUUCGUAUCUAAGGAGGAAGUACAUAAAGCUCACAGAACCUUAAAGGAGCUCAGUCACGAUAUUUUGAGUUAUUUCGGCCACUUACAAAAUUACCUUUCAAUUGAAGAAAACCUGAAAAUAAUAGUUUACUAAGAAAGAAAAACACCAAAGAGAUAACAAUAAACCAUAUGGGAACAAGGAUGGUUAAGGAUGGAGAAGAUUAACACGUAUUACAAAUAACUAACUUCGAAAUAUUUAGGCUAAACAUAAAGAUGAACAAACCGUGACGUAGUUCCUUUAAGCAGCUGUUAAAUUAAAAGAAAGAAAAA